CGGCCAAUGUAAAAUUGAGGUGAUAAAAUGAUGUGUAGAGUAACAUUACUCUUGGCUUUUAUAAAUUUUGAUCUUCUUGCUAUUUAAUUUGGCGAUUGGUGAUUGCUAAAAUUCUUGGAGUCUUUGAUUGCUAGAGUGAUGAAGGAUAAAUAUUAUCCUAACGGGAAUUUUAUGUCGGCACAAUUGGGGCGUCAGCCAUCGAACGCGUGGAGAAGUAUCUUCCAAGCAAGGGGGGUGGUGGAGGAAGGGGUGUUAUGGAGGGUGGGAAAUAGUGCACAUGUGCGGAUUUGGAAAGACAAGUGGCUCCCGCCUCCUUAUUUUACUUUGUUUCACUCCCCUCACCAAAGGUUGGACGCUGAUUCUAGGAUGAAGCUGCCCGAAUAUGCAGUGUUAAUCCCAGCCCUUUACAAGCACCUGACACGAUGAUUUGGCAAGGUACUUCGCAUGGAAUGUUCACAGUCUGGAGUGCGUAUUUUCUGGAGCAGAAGAAGCGAACUCAGGCCAUGGGAGAGAGCUCUUAAGCUAGAGAAGAUCGAGGACAGGUUUUGGCAGGAGCUUUGGAGAUUGGAAGCACCGGCAGUGGUGAAAAAUUUUAUGUGGAAAGUGGGCAAUGACUUGCUCCCAACAAAGGGGAAUUUGUUCCAAAAAAAUAUUGUCCAAAAUCCAAAUUGUCCUAUUUGCUUGCAGGAGACAGAGGAUAUGCUCCAUAUCCUUUGGAGUUGCAAGUCUUCUAUGGCAGUGUGGCAAGAAUGUGGGAAGAAGAUUCAGAAGCUUGCACUUGGGGAAACUGAUGGGAAGGGGUUGUUGCAGUACCUGAUGAGGAAGCUUGAGGGUGAGGAUUUACUGAUGGCUAUUGUGGUGUCAUGCAUGAUAUGGUUGAGGCGAAAUGCUGUAGUUUUUGAUCGUGAGUUCACACCCCCAGGUAGCCUAGUUGCUGACGCACAGAGAGUGGUAAGGGAGUUCACUCAACCUGUAAUGAGCUCUGAUUUGCCCCUUCGACCAGCUUCUGGAUCGGCUGUGACUUGGACUCCUCCCCGUUAUGGUACCAUUAAGAUCAACUGGGCUGCUAUCCUCAACCAUGUGAUGAAACAGACGGGCAUUGGGGUCCUGAUUAGGAAUGCAAAUGGUGAGUUGCUCGCGACACAGGCCAAGUUCUUCUCUUCCUUGAUGGAUUCGUCUCUGGCAGCAGCUUUGGGAGCAUGGUAUGCUGUAAAACUAGGAUGUGAUAUGGGUGCGCACCUUGAAGGAGCUACACUGAGUGUAGUGGCUGCCCUAAAGAAGAAUGGGCCUUGCGGUAGUAGCUUUCUCAUCUGAUCGAGGAUACAAGGCUUUGGCUUCAGAGAUUGCCCCAUGUUUUUAUCCACCAUGUUUGUCGAGAGGCUAAUGCUGCUGCUCAUUGUUUGGCUAAAUUAGCUAUUUUCCAGUUUUUUGACAAUGUAUGGAUGGGGGAUUGUCCCUUUAUGAUUUGGAAUGUGCUUCUUGCUUAGCAAGAGAUUAUGGUUUGAUUAAUGAAAUAUCAACUUCCCAAA